AUGGUGAAUGCUAGUUCACCUGCAGAUCUGCAAAUUGGAGCUGAAGUCGUACCCACUUUGGUAACAAUCGAUCAACUCCAUCCUUUGUUUCUUCAGCCCAAUGAUACACCAGAUAGUUCCCUAAUUUCGAUUAAACUAACAGGCCCUGAGAAUUAUGCAUUAUGGAGUAGUUCAAUGCGAAUUAGUCUGUUAGGUAAAAGCAAGUUAGGAUUUGUGGAUGGUCGAUAUCCUAAAGAGAAAUUUGAUGCUUCUCUUCAUGAUUUGUGGGAGAAAUGUAAUGUCAUAGUCCUUUCAUGGAUUAUGAAUUUUGUAUGUACUGAAUUACUUAGUGGGAUUGUAUAUGCUACAAGUGCAUAUAAGGUGUGGACUGAUCUACAAGAACGAUUUGACAAGGUUAAUGGAUCUCGAGUCUUCUUCCUUCAUUCACAAAUUUCUACGCUUAACCAAGGAAUUUCUUUUGUUUCAACCUAUUUCUCAAAACUAAGAGAACUAUGGGCAGAAUUUGAUGCAUUGAUGCCAUGUCCUGGAUGUAAUUGUGUUGAGUCUAGGAAAUAUGUGGAACACUUUGAGUAUCAACGCCUUCUUCAAUUUGUGAUGGGUUUAAAUGAGUCUUACUCACAGUCUAUAAAUCAUAUCAUGAUGAUGCUUCUUACUCCAUCGAUUAAUAAGGCAUAUGCCAUGAUCAUUUCUGAGGAAAGUAGAAGAUCUCUGGGUUCUUCUUCUUCCUCUUACAGCUCUGAAAUUGCUGAGGGGACAGCUUUGUUUAGUGGUAAAAGCAACUCGAGUGUACGCACUAACUAUCAGGGGAAUAAUUCCUUUUACAAGGGCAGAAGCAGAAGGAGUGAUCUCUACUGUGAUCAGUAUCAUCUCACAGGUCACACAAAAGCAAUGUGUUACAAGUUAAUUGGAUAUCCUCCAGAUUAUAAAUUCAAGAAGAAAACAGGAUCAUAUAUCAAAGAAAAUGAAACUAGUAAGGGCAAUCCUAAUCCUAGUGAUAUUGGAAAUCAGUUAGGGGGUCAAUCUGCCAAUUUUGCAGGAUCUUCUCACAUGUCUAAAGGUUCUACUAAUGCAUUUGGUGCUAUUCCUCAAUUUACUAAACAACAAUACAAACAGAUCUUAACCAUGCUUGAUUCAGAAAAAUCUGAAGCUGAUCAUGUAGCCUUGACAGCAGGUAUGAUCCCUCAUACUACUAUCAUUUCAGAUGAUGUUAAGUGGAUAGUCGAUUCUGAUGUUUCUAGUCAUAUAGUUAUUUAUGUUGAGCUGUUAUCCCACACUACAACAGUAAACAAGAGUGGUCUAGGCAAAGUUCAUUUGCCUACUGGUAAUGUAGUCAAUGUAACUCACACAGGAUCAUCCUGUCUCUUUCCUGGUCAAGAGAUAACCAAUGUCAUGCAUAUUCCUGAGUUCAAAUACAAUUUGUUGUCUGUUUCUCAACUGACAAAGGAGCUUCAGUGUGCUGUAUUAUUCUAUCCUGAUUUUUGUAUUCUUCAGGAUCUCUCAAGUGGCAAGGUGAAGGGGAUUGGUAAGGAAGAAAAUGGCUUGUAUGUGUUUCAAUCAGGUCAUAAGAAAGCAUUUACAGCAAAUGUUGCUGCUGCAGCUACUAAUGCAUGUUCUUCAUCACUUAGAAUGUCUCUCUACAGAUUCUGA